GGUUGGUCUGACCGGCGUCACGACUACAGCGGACACCUGGAUCUCUGAUUGGCUCAGAGCGCUGAUCCGGGUACUGCGCUAGAACGAGCCCAUUAGCUAAAGGUACCAAUAUGGCGGAGGCUUCCCUCGGGAGUUCAAGUCCAGUUGGCUCUUUGUCAUCAGAGGAUCAUGACUUUGACCCAACAGCAGAAAUGUUAGUUCAUGAGUAUGAUGAUGAGAGGACUCUGGAGGAGGAGGAGUCUCUGGAUGGAGGGAGGAAUUUCAGAUCUGAGAUUGCAGAUUUGGAAAAGGAGGGGACCAUGCCUUUGGAAGAACUUUUGGCCAUCUAUCGCUACGAGGCCUCAGCGGGCUCCAGUAUAGACAGCUCCUCUGGAGACAUUACUGAUGAGCUGCCUGACAUGACUUUGGACAAGGAAGAAAUAGCUAAAGACCUACUGUCUGGAGACUACGAGGAGGAGACCCAGUCCUCGGCUGAUGAUCUUACCCCUUCAGUCACCUCCCACGAGGCCACUGAUUUCUUCCCAAGAACACUACGAUCUAAUGCCAUCUCUGAUGGUGAUAAAGAGUCAGAGUGUGAUGAAGAUGGCCCUAGCCCAGAGGACUCUAGAAAGGAAAUAAUGGUGGGAACACAGUACCAAGCAGAGGUUCCUUCUUGCCUCUGUCACUACAAAGAUGGGGAGAAAGUGUAUGAAGAUGAAGACGAGUUAUUAUGGUGCCCGGGUACAAUGGCAGAAAACAAGGUGAGGGGUUUCCUGUGUGACGUGUUGUCGCGGACAACGGAGGAAAAGAUGGGAUGCGACAAACCAGGGAUGCACGUACGAGACAAUGAGAAGGCUUUGCAUGAGCUUGUCAAGUGCAACUACAACACCCGUGAAGCACUUGAGAGAUACUGCAGCCGCAUACGGUCCUCAAAAGAAAAAUCACCGCCGUGGUCAGAAGAGGAAUGCAAAAACUUUGAACAGGCACUACAGAUGUAUGACAAAAACUUUCACCUCAUACAGAGAAACAAAGUCACAACACGAACUGUAGCAGAAUGUGUGGCAUUUUAUUACAUGUGGAAAAAGUCGGAGCGCUUUGACUUCUUUGUGCAGCAGAAUCGGUUUGGAAAGAAAAAAUACAGCAGCUAUCCCGGUGUGACUGACCUGAUGGACCGGCUGGUGGAUGAAGCCGAGGGACUGGCAGUGGACAGUUCCUCCUCGGUGUGUUCAGGAGCUGGUGGAGGAGGACGGUUGGAGACGACCACGGACCAACAGCUGAGCCUGCUCAACUCCAUCACUGCCAGCGACCUCACUGCUUUGAGUAACACUGUAGCAACAGUGUGCAGCCCUGCAGAGGUCAGUUGUCUGGACUCCUACAGCUUCCCUCCUCUGGAGAGUCUCCAUCGUGGGUCCCUGAGCCAAGACGAAUCCCUCUCGUUCCCUUCCAAUGGCGCCGACCCCGACUGCCUCAACAUGCUCGACGCUGGCUUUUACCACUCGGACCUCGGUCAGCUAGGAGGAGUGUGCGUCAACAAGGACUGCGAGCGUCCCUCCAAGAGACUCAAGAUGGCACUGCCUGACUCCUUUAUCAAUGACGUGUCCGUGGGGAACCUUGGGGUGGAUUUCGAAGCGCGACGGACAACGACGCACCACCACCGAAUCACUGGCGCUAAAAUGGCGGUGUCUGUCACGGACUUUGGGAGCUUGGCCGGCAGCGGCGAGCCCAACGGCUUUCUGGGAGCACACGCACGGCACCACACACAGCACACCGCAGCACUUCAAUCAGAGUGAUCUUCCUCAUCGUCUUCCCUCGUUCUUCCCUUUUGAAACCCCCUUAUCUCGCUUGUACAUAAGACUGACCUCACUGGAGAAUCUGAUUUGUUUAAAUUCUAUUAUAUAUAAAUAUAUAUAUAUAUAUAUACAUAUAUCUAUAUAUGUAUAUGAAUAUACUUUGUUUCAUUUUUUUUGUGUAAUAUGACAUCAGUGAUGUCUAUCAUAUAGAACUAAAAUCUUGAUUUCUCUCAAGAGUUUAUAUAGCCAUUUAUUUUAUUUUUUGCGGUCUUGAGAUGUGGAACGUCCAUGUACAGUGGGGCCCAGAGGCUGCAGGCGGAGAGUUGUGUAUCUUCCUCCCUCACGUCUACAUACACAACGUCUUCAGAGCUACAGUAUGUUAUCCUGCCAUUCUUUCCAGCUGCCAAAACUGGCUCAGUUUUCUGCCUCUAGUUUUUAGUUGCCUGUCGUUUGAAGUGGUACUUUUUUUUUCUUCAUUUAAUUAGUGUUUGGUUUACAGGUACCUUUUAAGUAACCAGACUAGUGUGAAUGGUUUUAUUUGUUUCCAAAUAAACCGGGCUAGAUAUUACAUGAAGAACAACACUAGCAUGGGGAUUAGCUCGAAGAGCGGGAAGUUUUGGCUUCAGCUGCUAAGGCCUUCCAUUUCUUUUUCUUUUUUCCUGUGGAAGCUCAUCUUUAGUUUGUGUGGUUACUCUUAAACUGUUCAAAGUGGCCAAACUGGAAUAUUAUCCCAUGUAGUUGUACCCAAGUUUAAGUCCCUGGUUCAUAAUUUUUUUUUUCUAUUACAUUUUCAAGCGGGUGAAAAAUUGCCUGUCCAGAGUAAUAUGAUGGGAGUCAUUUAUUUAUUUAUUUUAAUAUAAUAUAAAAAACCUCCUUUUUUCGAGGCUUCUUUUUGAGUCAAGCAAACCAUAACGGCAUCCAAGAUAAUGGUUUACAUGAAUAGACAUUUCAACACAGAUCAACAGGCACAGUAAUAUUAAUACUACAUUCAUGUGAGAUUUUGUUUAAUCUUUUCAGCUCAUGCUUUUGUCUGAGCGAGUUUAGCUGCUUAUGUUCUUUUGAUUGAAAUAUUAGAAUAUGUCCCGAAAUCACGUAGCGCCAUUUCCAGACCACUUUGCAAGCUUAGGUAAGCCAGCUAACAGUAUUAUCUCUUUAUUUAAAGCCACUCUGAUUUUUGUAUUCAACCUCUGCCUAACCUGUACUGAGUAGAGAACGCCUCGUAUAAUCUGGUCCAUGAGUUCUUGGAGUCUAGUAGCAGAAAUGGAGCUGUGUUAUCUCGACAUGAGUCCAUUGUUGUGAACUGUAACAUGUUUAGCAGGUUAUUGUCAGUCGAUUGGAUGCAGUAGUAGUGUUUACUUAAUUUAUCUAUGCAUUGUGCUAUGAAUAAUUAGUUUGUUUCAGGGGAUUCAUAAUUUUGUGUCAUGUCCAUAGUUGUAGUAUCUCAUCGUUAUGUAUGUACAGACAGGAGUCAUGCCUCUUCAUCAUCUUUUGAGUUCGAUCAAGUAGUUCUGUUUCCAAGCCCAGCAUCUGAGAAAAUAUUCACGUAACGCGUUUUAUGUAAAUAAUUAGCAAAUAUCCUUUAAAAAGUCUAUUAACAGACCUCUUACACUUGUGAAUCUGUGUUGAUACAAAGGUUUUAAUUUGAUUCCUUGUCCGAAAGGCAAUAAUUUGUAGAUAUGUACAGAUAUUUGGGGUUUUGCAGUUUUUGACUGGUUGACUUCGUGUUUGAAAUAUUUUUUUUCUCCCCCCUUUGGAAAGUCAUGAUACCGACACACACCAGGACACGGCUGAAACCACGCAUGCCAGCUGUGUCCUGUUUCCCAAGUGUACCACUCAAAACGGCUUUACCUGAAGACGUAUUGAUAUUACUCAGUGUUGCAAUUUUGCAUUUGAAACUUGCAGCCAAGUGUAAAAGACGCCCAUCAUCAUCUUUCCUUAAAAAGAUUUUUAUUUUUACACUUCAUCGUCGUUCAUUUGUCUUGAUGGUAAAGGUAUGGCUGCUGCUCCUAAAGUACGUUGGGAGCUCAUUUCUCUUUUAAUGCCAUGUGCAUAAUGCAGUAGGUCCUCCAAGCUCUUCUGGCUUUAGCAGUGCAGUGAUAUUUAUUUCACCUGUGGUUUGUACAAAGACGCAGAAAAACUGUCAAGAAUGUUAAGGCCAUUAAGUAGUAGAAGUAGGUUUUUUCACCACCCUGUGAAUUCUUAAAAAUGUGAUAUUUUAUUGAUAUCUCUGGUAUGAGACUUGUGUGUGCAAGCAAGCACCAAACAAAUUUAUUUUAUAUUUUGUAUUGUGUUUUGAAGUUUAAAAAGGAAAAAAAAAAACAUUGCAGUUGUUUUGAAGAAGAAAACUCAAGUCCUUUGAAAACAAAAACACCUUUGUGAAUAAAAAACCUACAAAACUUAAAAAUGUAUAUCCAGAAAUAUAGACAAUCAAAAUCUUCACUAUGAGAAAUGUUCAAGAAGCUAUCUUUAUUGUUUAUAAGAAUUGUACAUAAACAUUGAGUUGUUCUUUUUUCUUUUCUUUUUUUUGUUAAACAUUAUUUUGUAUUUUCUGUUGUACUUUAAUACCUUGUGUACAGAUCCAGAAAUAAAGCUCUGGAAAAUG